AUGAAGGUCAUCAUAGUUGGAGCAGGUCUUGGAGGUCUAAGUGCUUCCAUCUCCAUAUUAUUGGCUGGUCAUGAGGUUCUGGUUCUUGAGAGUGCAAAUGAAAUCAAAGAGGUUGGGGCAGGGAUCCAGAUAUUGCCCAAUGCUUCUCGAAUCUUGAUAGAGUAUGGUUUGAGAAGCCAGCUAGAGGAAGUGGCCACUAUGCCACAAAAGUGUUUUAUGAAUGGCUGGAAAGGUAAAAAACUCGCCGAAUUGAAUUUCCAUGAGCAGGCCAAAAGAAUGGGAUCACCCUUCUGGGAUUUCCACAGAGCGGACCUCCAGAGAAUUAUGCUCGAGAGAGCAAAAGAGCUGGGCGCCCAGAUUCUCGUCAACUGUAGGGUGUGUUCGGUCAACUACAAUAUGGAUGAAAUGACUGUCUCAGCAACCACUGCCGGGGGCGAUAGUUACACUGGCGAUCUGCUGGUUGGGGCUGAUGGCAUAAAUUCGAGACUUCGUGAGAUCUUGGUUGGACAUGCAGACCCACCAACACCAACAGGUGACUUGGCUUAUCGUGUACUCUUGGACGGAGCAAAAUUACUAGAACAUCCCUCCUUGGCCGAGUUCAUCGAAAAUCCACAGGUUAACUACUGGUUAGGUCCUCAAUGCCAUUGUGUCAAUUAUGUUCUCAAAAAAGGAAAAUUCUUCAACUUCGUGCUUCUAUGUCCGGACGAUGUCCCUGAGGGAAUGAGCAUUUGCGAAGGUAAGAUUGAUCAGGUGAAAAGCGUUUUCGCCAAAUGGGAUCCAAGGGUUGUAGAUUUGCUGGAUCUUGUUGAAUCUUCUACUAUCGAUAAAUGGAAAUUAUGCUAUCGUGAGGGUAUCAACAAAUGGUACCACGAAAGCGGUAUGUUCUGUCUGCUAGGUGAUGCAGUUCAUGCCACUCUUCCCUACCUAGCCUCUGGUGCAGGUAUGGCUAUUGAAGAUGGAGCCGUGCUGGGUACUAUCCUCGAAAGAUUUUCAAGCAAAUCUGAUCUGAGAGAAAGCAUGCGGCAGUACCAAAAUAAAAGAAAGACGAGAACGGAAAAGAUCGUUGCCCGUGGCAACCUGCAGCAGACGUUGUACCAUCUCGAUGAUGGACCGGCCCAAGAAGAAAGAGAUUUCAUUCUCGGUCUCUCCGAUCCGCCAGCAGGAGAAGCUUUUGUCUGGAGAGACAAGGAGAUGGCGCCUUGGCUGUUGGGCUACAAUGCUUUCAAUGAUGCAAAGAUUUAG